AUGUUGGUGGAGCGUUUGAAGCAGCAGGGAACUUCAUACAGCUCUGGAGAUCUGUUGAAGAUCUGUCUGUAUCUGAAACUAGAGGAUGUGACGAGGAGGUUCUUACGGCCCUGCAUCAUGGAUGUGAAGAUCGGGAGGAGAAGUUACGACCCCUUUGCGUCAAAAGAAAAACGUGAAGAGCAGAUUAGCAAGUAUCCUCUGAUGGAAGAGAUCGGGUUCCUGUUAUUGGGCAUGAGGGUGUACCAGAUCAACUCAGACAGUUACAUCACUCAUGACCAGUUCUAUGGACGCAGUCUCGGAAAGGACACUUUAAAAUAUGGCCUGAGCAGAUUCUUCCACAAUGGUCAAGAACUACAGAGGCAUGCAGUUUCUCUGAUUAUCUCCAAAAUCCGAAGCAUUCUCCGCUGGUUUGAGAUCCAGACUCAGCUGCAUUUCUAUGCCAGCUCUCUGCUGCUGGUGUAUGAGGGCUCUCCUCACACAAUCAAUAAAUCCAAACACAAGCCAGCGGAUCCAGCAACAGAACAUCAGCAGGGGGAGCCACAGAGCAAGGCUUUGAGCUUUCAGAGCAGUUUAACACACAGUCCUCCAUACUGCCACGACAUUCAGCAUGAGAGAAACACCAACGGAAAACAUGGAGGAAGUAUAGAAGAGCAAGAUGAGGAAAUUGGAAUGGGGGAUAAGAAGCAGUUUGGACAGGAGGAGACAGUGAAGGUGAAGAUGAUCGAUUUUGCUCAUGUAUUUCCCAGCGACAGUCCGGAUGAGAGCUACAUGUACGGACUCAGGAACCUUCUCUCAACUUUAGAACAAAUACUGAAGGACUGACAUCUGUCCAUCUCUCUCUUCACUGGUCGGAUCUUUCUGACUGUUGUUUUAAAGCCAGUGCAGAUCAUUUCACACACAUACACAAACAUUGCUGAUGCCUUAAUUUGGAAAAUAGGUUUAUUAUAUAUUUAUAGGGAUAUUUUUCUUAAUCUUUUGAGAUAAAAGAGUUCAUUGUAUUUUGAAAACACUUUCAGAACUUAAGACUCUGGAUAAGAAAGGCUUGGCUGUCAACAACUAAAAAUGUACUAAAAAUAUAGGUACUGUAGAACUCAGGGAAAAAUAAUUAUGAUAUGAUAAAGCAGUUCAUCUGUGCUGUCAAAACACUUACAAUGUGAGUUACUGAUGUCUCAUAAUGACUCCACUUCUGAUGCAACUAUUGCUGUUUUUAUUCUAAAAAUGCACUUUGAUUCCAAAGUAAAUUAUAGUUAGAUUUAUUUUUAACAUUUAUAUUGACCUUAUCA